GAAUCCUACCUACGUGGAGCAGGUAGGUAGGAUCCGCCAUUAUUUGGAAAUUAUUAUUUGGAAAGCACCUGAUUCUUCUAGAGACAUCGACUCAUGUUCAGAAUACUGUCACGUUGGAUGAAGGGCAAUAUAUACUGUGUCUCUUCCCCCGUAUCCGUAUGUGUGAUUCAGAACUGAGAUGGAGCAGAUUAGUGACUAUCUGUGCAGGUAUAAGAACUACAACUUUCUGGCCACUCACACAACUCCAGAGUACAUAGACUCUCUUAAGAGUUUUGAAAUAAGAGACAGUGACGUCUUCCUCGUCACUUAUCCAAAGUCAGGCACUGUGUGGGCUCAGCAGAUCAUCAUUUCCAUCUACGAACUGGACGGGCACCGGAAUAAAUAUUCAACCAACGUGGAGAGGAUGCCGUGGCUGGAGUACAAGAUGGCUGAUUACACUCUUCUUCCCUCUCCACGGCUCUUUGCCUCACAUCUCCUCGAAUCUCUCAUGCCUCCAGGAGUGAAGAAGAAUAAGACAAAAAUCGUGUAUUUGAUGAGGAAUCCAAAGGACAACGUGGUGUCUUUUUAUCACUUCACCAAAGCACAUAUAGCCUUGGGGUCUCCGGAAAGCUUUGAGCAGUUUUUUAAGUGGUACAUAGCAGGAAAUGUUUUGGCAUCAUCCUGGUUUGACCAUGUCAGGGACUGGUAUUCAAACAGAGACCAGUACAACAUCCUCUUCCUGACCUAUGAGGAAAUGAUUUUGGACCUGAAAGGAUCAGUGAAGAAGAUCUGCAACUUCUUAGGGAAAGACCUGACUGAAGCUGCCAUCAGUCAUGUUGUGGAAAAAGCUAAGUUUGAGAACAUGAAGAAUGAUUCGAAAGCAAAUUAUGAGCAUGUUCCACCAGAGGGGUUCAGUGGAAAAUUCCUGCGCAAAGGUCAGAUUGGAGACUGGAAGAACACACUGACUGUUGCACAGAGUGAAAAAGUGGAUCAAGUCCUUCAGGAGAAACUUGGUGAUUUGCCUUUGAGGUUCAUCUGGGAAUAAGCAGAGUAGUUCUUCACGGUCUUCCAGGAGUUUUAAAAGCAU